ACCUCACGCGUGAUUAUUUAGCUGAUGAAAAUGGCCGCUUGAAAGUAAUCUACGAUACGAGUCUUAACUACAAUGUGUUUUUCUACCAUGGAAUCCUUCGAAAUUGCCUGGAAUACUGAGCUGAAUAUUGUUGUCGAGAGUGCUAAAUUUAUUGGGAACUAUUUUUUAAAGGAAAAUUGUCAACGAAUUACGAGAAAACCAUCGUCAUACGGUGAAGUUGAUCAGUUUAGUGAUUGCAAUUGUCACGCGUGUGAAGGUUGUCCUUGCUCACCACAUACAAGAGGCAUUACACUUAGAAGAGGUGGUGGAGAUAUUCCAAUUUGCUGAGUCAGGAUAUGGAGAUUGCUUCUAGUUAUCCUGUAUCUUUGAAUUUGCCUACAUUGCCAUCUACUGCAGUUCAUUUGCAGAGUACUCUAUCUCAAAUUUGGGAAAUGUAUUCCAUACAAGGUUUCGAUCCACCAUCUAAGUCCUUGAUAGAGAAAAUGUAUUCAACAGACCAUCCUCUGAAUGUGGAUAAUAGUCUGUCCAAAAUGGAGAGUUCAAAGAGAGAAAAUAUCUGGCUGUUGUCACAGUUCAGUGCUUUGAAGAAUGUUGGAGAACAUCUCUCAAAAAUGGGUAGUUCUUUUAUAAGCAACUCAUUAUCAGUAACAGUUGUACCAAACAAAAUUGUACCUCCUGAAUUCUUCAAAACAUUAACCGGAAAUACAGAACACCUAGCACCAAACAAAUUAUACAGUCAUAGUACGCAGAAAAACGAUACACUAAUGGUCGAUGAUAUCUACAGUGUACCAAUGACUAUGAAAAUAUCUCAUACGGAUGACACAUUUGAAAAUAAUCUUCAAGAAAUCAUUAUACCUAUGGAGGAAAGUAGUAAGGUAACUUCGUGUACGUUGCGAAGCAUAAAAUCGCACGACGAAGACUUUCUGUCAAAUCAUAAUGCAUUAAUAGCCAAUUGCAUUAUAACUUCAGCAAAUGAAAAUUGUGCCUUACCAUCUGGACAAACAAUUUCGCAAAAGAGUACAAAAAAUAUUGAAGACACAACAGCAAAUAGUGUCAAUAACGUUGAGGAGGAUAUGAAAGGUUCUUUAUAUGGAAAAAAACUAUCUAAUGGAAGCGACGCAUCUGAAAAUAAAGAAUUUUACCUAAGGAAGUGCAAGACGACAGAGUCUGAGAUGGCACAUCAAAUCUCAAAAAUUUCAGAGGAAACGAGCACGAAAAGCACAGUUCCAUGUAAUCAGACUAGUAUUUCAAAUUUGCUUACCAACAUGUGGCAGAAAGUUGUCAAUGGUGUGACUGAUAGAUUUUAUCUUCGCACAGAGUCCCCGGAUUCUGAAAUUCCAUCUAAAAGACCAUACUCUCCAAAACUUCGUGGAAAACCCAGCUUUGUCGCAAGUGGUAGAGGUAGAGGAAGGGCACGAUCACAAUUGAGACGUUCUGGUGUAAGUCAAACGAGACAUCGGCAAGAACGGAUACGACAAAAUCUUACAGCGGAUAUCCGCGACGAUCUCGAUGCGUUUGAAGAAGAGUACGAUACAUUGACAAAUGAUGAACUGUCGAUUUCUCCAAAUGUGGAGGAAGAUUUCACAAUAAUUCCAAAUGCAGAAGAUACUUUCGUUACCGAACCCCAUCCGUAUACUAUGCAUUUUGCGUUAGCCGAUCUCAAACCUAGAAAACGAAAGCAAAGAAAAUGUAAAAUCGUCGAUCCGGAAUCAACCAAAUUCUCCGCUAGAGUCAGAUAUGUAGCUGAAUAUUCGAUAGAUGUCGCUAUCUAUGAUCAAACACAAAAUGAAAAAGAAUGCGAACAUGAAAGUAAUGCAUUCCGACCGAGAUUGAUGUCUGAAAGUUCCGUAGACUCUGAGGAUAGCUAUUGUAUUGUCUUUGAAACUGAUCAAGAUUCAGAAUAUGAUACUGAAUAUGAAUUCGAAGAAAGCAGUGAAGAAGAAGACGACGAUGAGGAUGAAACAUCAAUUCAAAAGGUGAGAUUUGACCUAAAACCAAAAGUCCACACGAUGAUAAAAUGGGAUUACGCAUAUCGAUCUGCACGUCGAGGUCCUUGGGAACAAAUGGCACGAGACAGAGAACGAUUUAAAGGCCGCAUUAACUGCAUAGCACGUGUCCUUGAGCCGAUCUUAACAGUUCAGCAUAGAAAUCAUGUUUGGCAGGAGCGCUUUGCUGUCGAAGAAUAAUUUCCAUGCCUUUUUAACAUCUGUUAAAAUAUGGAUCAUAAAAACAGCACACGAACAAUACAGCAAUUGUAAAGAAGUUAACGGAGGUACUAUGCAACGUUGUAAAAGGAAAUAUGUCUAAUGAAAGUCUUCCAAGUUCGAAAUGUAACCCUCCGGAUUCAGAAUAUAUCGAUUCAUCUCAUAAUCACGAAUGGUAGUUGACUAAAAUCUAUUUGAAAUUAUUGGAAUGAAAUAUUCGCGUCGGAUAUGAAAAAAAUGUUCCUGAAAAUUCAUAAACAUGCAGGGUGGCUAGGUGUGGUGUUCUCUACAUAGUUGACAUUAUACAAGAGAAGGGCAUUGAUGUUGCGUGUAAUUCUUUACACCAGCAUUAAUUUUUGGUUUUUAUUUUGUUACUAGUAUCGAUUUGGGAAUUAAUUUAUUUCAAUGAAUUGCAGAGUUCACUAUAACAGUUGACGACUAAUGUGGUACAAAUGUAAUUGUUCCCGUUUGUAAUAUUAAUGUUAGAGAUUAAAUUGUUAUGUAAGGAACAAAAUGGAGAGUACAAUGUAAACGUACGGCAUUGUUGAAAAGAAAAAGGUGCUAAUGAUGUUGCAAUAUUUUGUUGCUAUUUUCUAUUUGUAUCUUAUUAACGUGAUAAUUAUUAAUUCCAAAGAUUAUAAUGCCAUUCAAUAAUGUACCUAUGAAUUUAGUCACUACAUUAGAAUUGAGCUUACCUGUUAGUCAAGCUGUUCUGGAUUGUUUUCUUUUACUAAACUGUAUAUAUUACAUAGUUGUCAAACUACCAAUCGAUACGGAAGAUGUUAAUUAUACAUAUUAACUUAUUUCGCAUACUCGUUUGCAUAUUUUAAUGCUGCCAUCGGAUUGAGCCUGGAAAAGAGAAACGCACGAGUAAUUCUUGGGUAUCUAUCUGGUCAGUGGCUUUGUGAUUCUGUUCGAUUCUCGUUGGCCCGCAUAUGAUAGAUAUUGCAUGAGGUUACUUCGAAAUCUCGAAAAUAAAGCCUGCGUUUUUAUAAUACUGAUAGGAAAAAAAAGAUACAUUUCGAUUAGACCAUAAUUAGAAAAUUCUAUAAAGUUUGGUUAAUGUGCCUUGUGCAAAGAUUAUUUCCUUCAUGGCCGAAUAACGUUGUCUUUUGAAAACUGUGAAGCAGACAGACAGACAGAUAAAAACACGGAACACAAACCACAAACAUAUUCUUUCCUGCAGUGUAUUUAUAUAUCAGUGUAUGAUAAAUAUAAUUAUAGUAUGUCGAUAAUGCAACUGUACAUAAUUCAAAGAAAAAAUAUAUAUAUUGAAUAUUCCGGAGUAAAAAAUUGUGGCAACGAAAGAGUUUAUGCGGAAGACAUAGAUAAUAUUUAUAUUUAGGUAGGUGUAAGUUUAGGUUAUUGUUUAUGUUGUAAUUAUACAUAUAUCGCGUGAGAUUAACGAUGGUUGAUGAUGAAGAUACGCCUAAUUUUAUGUCAGAUAUCUUUUAGGUAUAAUAGCUUUACAAGGAAAGUAAAUUGUGAUCUAAUACAAUUGCAUUACUAUUCAUCUUGCUAUUAAUUCUGCAUAAAUUCUUUUAUCGUCAUAUUUAUAGGUACAGUAAUGUGUAUUUAGCAGAUUAUUAAUAAAUAAUAUAUAUUCGGAAGCAUAAA